AUUCUUCGACGGGACAGUUUGGGCCCCAUUCUUGACGACCGGUUUGCAAACGUAUAUGAAGAGGCAGAAGAGGAUGGCCAGGAGGAAAACGACAACGAGGACGAAGAUGAAGAAGAUGUGGACGAUCUCAUCGAUCAAAACCCGGUACGGGAUUGUUCACCAUUCUCCCCGUUCGACACGAUUCCUCAGCCACGAUAUCUCCGCUCGCCCAGAGUAAGCCAGCAAAAUGAUUUUGUGAUGGAAGGUCUUGAAGAAGCGGAGGAUGAAGGAGAAGUGAACUUCCAUGAAGAAAACGGGUACGAGGAAGACUACAUGACAGAUCAGAUGGAGUUUGGAGUGGAAGGUGACUUUUACCCCGAGGGUGAUGAUACUCCAGAUACAAAAUCGGAAAUCCCGAUUGUGGAAGUACUAUCAGCCGCCCUUUGUGCUGCCGGAUACGGCAGUAUCGGGCGUUUUCUACAUCAAUGGCUCCCGCAACGAGCGAUGUGCGAAUCUGUACUGCGGGCAUCAAUGCAGGAUAAAGGAAUCUCCGAAGAUAUGCUCUGGGAACGCCGUAAAGCUUUACUCCAACAGCUCACAAAACAGGUCAAAACUGGUUCCCUAAUGACUACAGAGAUGUUGUUUCUUCGAUUCACACAAUUCGUUGAAGUGCAAGAAUUGGAACCACAAGAUCGUGUGGCCGACAAACCAUGGAUACGACUGACAGCCGCGGAAAAAGCACGGAUACGGAGGGAGCUGAACGAUUACAAAUUGGCCGAAAUGCCAGUGCAUGAGGCGAGCAGACAAAAUACUCGGUAA